AACCAACAGAAUCCGACUAAAACCCUGAAGCUAAGGCACAUCCCUUCCUUACAGAUACUGUCCCCUGAAGAAGCCCUCAGGCGGGUCAUGAAGGGACGCUUUUCCAUGAUCAACUAUGAGAGCUAUGUCACCCUUCACAUCAACUCUAACUUCACGGAUUCACGCGGCCGCUCGCCUUUCCAACUGAGCAGGAACAGCAUCAGCAUCAUGGCUGCCUACGGGUGGGGGCUGAGAAAGGGCGCGCCAUUCUACAAUCGCUUCCGGCAGCUGACCGACCGCCUGCGGGACUCCGGGCUGCAGAAGCACUGGAUGCAGCACGUGGUGGAGGGCUACAGCAGACGGAAAAGAGCAACAACGAACUUCACCUACGACAGUUCUAGAGAGUACUCCAAGGACAGCUCGGUGCGGGUGGUGCUGGGACUCUCACACUUGGAUGCCGCCUUCUAUCUGUUAUUCCUUGGCAAUGCAUUGGCUUUGUUUACCUUCCUCGUGGAGAUCAUCACCGCAUGUUGACAAAUCAUACAUCACUCUAUCUAUUGUUCAAGGGGGCAGGAUGGCUUAGCAGUCAGUGCAAAAGACUGAUGUGGUGAUUCCAUAGUCCCGAGUUGAAGUCCUGCCGCUACCAGCUGAUGUUCUCAAUUCUCGCCAAGAGGCUGAAGAUCGCCCACAGGCUGUCUAGGUGUUCAUCAAUCAUCCCGACCUUCAGAUCGGCGACAGCUGUCGGGGAAAGCACUGGGGAGCAGCAUGUGCCAAGCAGGGAUAUAUUAUUGGGUCACCAUUAAUUAAAACAAAUCUGCCUGUGACACUGGUAGUUUGCCUGGCCUCCGGUGCCCAGCAGGAAAGAUAACUGAUGUUUUGUUAUUGCACGAAAAUGAAAGAAAAUAAAUUGUUUCACUCUG